AUGAUCAUUGAUUUCGAAAGGGCUGCCGAAACAAAAGUAGCUGAGAUGGAAGAAGCCGUCGAAACUAUAACUGUUCAGAUGGAAGAGCUGACCUUGAAGAACGCGACAAAGUAUACACGUGAAAGAGAUUCUCCUCGAAUAAUUGAAUUGCGUAAUAAGAUUGUUAGUGAAUGGAAGCACGUCAGUUUUCAUUCGCAAAUGAUGAGAAGUAAGGCGUGGUCAAGAAAAGGAGUAUCUGCUACGGUCAAAGUGCCUACACAAAAAGGCGUUAACAUCAGUAUAAUCGGCUGCAUUGCAUCUUUCGGCAUAGUCAAUUUUUCGAAAGUAGAUCACAUCAAGAAAAUUGAUGCCGAGAUAAUCGAAAGAGAAUUUCAUUCAAAGGAGGAGAAUAAGGGCAAGAAACGAAAAUCAAGCAGUCAGAAGGAGGUUAAACCAAAGCCCAAGAAAGGAACCACCGCCUAUCAUAUUGUUAAAUUUGUAGAAGCUGCCAUGUACAUUUUGGAUAGGCUAGACAGAUAA